AUGUAUAUGGAUUUGCAGCGACAAAAGCACAUUAGACCCCAAUACAUGGCAUUAAAUAUCAACGGUUUAAUUAGGAACAAAGACAUUUUUGAAAAAUGGUUAUUCACUGUUAAGCCUGAUGUAAUUUGUUUGACAGAAACACACAUAGGUCCAGACAUAUUGCUGAAUAGUACUGAAAUCAGUGAUAAAACUUGGAUUAAUGUGGUUCAAAUAGGCGGGAGUGAUGGUUUUGUCAUUGUAAAUGUUUAUAGAUCACCAAAAAAUCGUGUGAGUGAGUUUAAAGAAAAUAUGGUUGAGUUAUUAGAAAACUAUGUUGAUAAGGGAAAACUUAUAACAGUAGGCGAUUUUAAUUUAGAUGUUGGCAGUGACAAGGAUCGUUAUGCUCGUAAUUUUGUCAAUGAAUGUGCCUUGCUGGGACUCAAGCAACUUGUCAAAGUGCCGACGAGAUCAACAUUGACAUCGGACACAAUAAUUGACCUAGUGUUUUCAAAUGUGGAGUUGUAUAUUGAUGUUUUGUCUACACCCAGGGUGUCUGAUCACAACAUUAUUGUUAUAAAUUCAGAUUUAAAUAUUGAACAAAGUAAAAAUCUGGGAGUAAUAGAAAAAAGAAACUUUAACAAAUUUGAUCCAAACAUAUUUUGUGAUAUUUUUGCUGAUAGAUAUAAGAUAGAUAUUAAUGAUGAUAUAGAUGUAGUUAUCAAUAAAUUUAAUAGUAGUAUAACAUAUGCUCUGGAUGUGGUGGCACCAAAGACAGAAAAAAUUGUUAAACCUAAAUAUUACGAUAAAAAAUGGAUUACAAAAGAGUUAAUUGAAAAAAUGAAGGAAAGAGAUCGAUUAUUCUUUGUAUCUAAAAAAUUCGGAAUAGAAGAGGAUAUCAAUAAUUAUAAAAGACUAAGAAAUGAUAUUGUAGAUGAAUUAAGAACAUGCAAAAGAGAACAUAAUGAUAAUAAUAUAGAUGCAAAUAAAAAUAAUGGAAAAAUUCUUUGGAGAGAGUUAAAAGAACUGAUAGGAAUGAUCUCCAAUAAAUUUAACCAUUAUUUCAUUGACAGUAUUGAGAAAAUUGUUUAUGAGAUAGGAUUUAAUCAAUUGAAGGAUGUAGUUAGUGAUAAUAGUAAUAAUCAAAAGUGGGAUAGUUUUCAUAGAGUAACGCACACCGCAGAAAAGUGCUUAAUUUAUCGCGGUUUUAUAUGGUACAAUUACCUCCCUGAAACAACAAAAAAUGAAACAAGACUGAAAAUAUUUAAAACAGAGUUGAGAAAUUUUGUAAAAGAAAAUUAUUAA